ACCUGGGUGGGCUCUGGGGACUAUUUUGAGUUCAAGCAAUGCUGCCCCCUUCUGGGGAUUGCUAAAAGCACUGCAGUUCGUGUGACUCGGAGGGAGACUUGAAGAAUCUGUCGUUUAGCCCUGACAGGAAGGACCAGAGUUUCCUCUGCCCAUAUAGCUGACUUUAAAGUCUUCCUGAAGCCAGGAUCCUGGCCAGAUUUGGUCACAGGACUGUCCCCAGAGCCCUUCAGAGGCUCCCAAGGGCUCAUCUGCUGGAGCCUAUGGGGAGCCACCCCGUGCCAGACACCCAGGGUCGACAAAUUUCCAGGAGAAUGGGGUGCACAAAGGAGACCCAGGUGGAUCUCCUGCCACAGUCCAGAUUGGGCACCAUGAUACAACCUCUACCUGAGAGGAGAACGGGGACUGAGGUGGGGAACUCUAGGGCCCACAGAUCCGCUGGAUGGAGCAUCUGAAAACUGCCUGCACCAGCGCCCUCCUGUGGGCGAAGGAGAGAAGGCUGGGGAUAAGUCAGUCCCAGGGACUGAUGGAGCAGAGAGGAACUAGAUGAUCCAAUAAGGAGGAAACGGCUGAGCUGAGGACAGUACCCAGGCUCCCCGGCUCCGACUCCCGAACUUGUUCUCCUUUACACGUCAUCCCACGCACAGUGUUUAGACAGAGUAGCGAAGAAGAAACACAGACAUCCUGGAUCCUGCAGGGAGGAGGCCAGGGCUGGGAACAGAAGGAGGUCUGUUUAUUCCUGGCAAUCCAAUAUCAGAGGGGCCCCACUCCCACUUCUGUCAAGGCCCCAGGAUGAACUCUUCCAGAGCCUCUGACUUCUGCACCACCACAUAGCAUGGGGCUGAGAGCCGUCCCCUGGAAUGCAGCAUCCUCCCACCCACCAGCUCCCUUGAGGCUGGGUGCUUUCCUCUUCCCAGUUUUUGUUCCAACAGAGGUCCUUCUCUCCAGGACUCCUGACUGCUCUGCAGGGUUGGCAGAGCUAGACCUCUCAGGCCUCCAGCCCUUCAGGCCCAGGUCUCCCCGAGAGAACACAGAAGACCCCUUGCUCCGUCCACAAGGAGCUUUUUCCUAAUGUCUAAACUCCAGCUUUCCUGCUGCAGUUUUAGCCUGUUCCCUCCCAUUUCAGGCCUCAAGAGAGUGUAACUGCUUCUCUCCCUCACCCCAAAGCCUCACUUGACACAAGCUGGAAAUUGGGGCUUCCUAGCCUUGAACUUGCCCUUCCUCUCACUCUACCUAGUUUCUUGUGUUUCCCUGUGGAGUGAAAGUGUCAUUCCCCUCUUGCUUUUCACAGGCUCCCUAUCAGCCUUUCUCAAUGGAAUUCUCAGAGGGGACAGGUGGCUGGAGGGAAGGGAUGUGCAGAGAAGGCCAGAAAUCCCUUUCAUUGUGUGCUUCUGUGCCGAGCAGCGAGCACUGACCCAAGUCCUUAUCACACAUUUUCUUUUUUUUUUUUUUUUUUGGCUGCACCAGGCAGCAUGCAGGAUCCCAACCUGUGCCCCCUGCAGUGGAAGCGCAGAGUCUUAACCACUAGACUGCCAAAGUCCCCCACACAUUUUCUCACAUAGUCUCACAAUCGGUGAAUACGAUAUGAGCCCCAUUUUGCAGAUGAGGAAAUUAAGGUAAGAGAACUUUAAUAAUUUACUCAAGUUUACACAGCGAAAAAGAAAGAUAGGAUCCAAAAAGGAUUCUGAGAUUUUAAACCCAGGCUUUCGGAUUCCAGCACUGGCUCAUGCCUCUUAGUCAUCAUGGAGGAGGAAGGAAGGGAAUCACUUGUUGAGAACCCUCCCCCGUUAGGUGUCAGGUACUGGGAUGUAUGCAGUUACAUGUUAUCCCACGGUAUUCCCCACAACAACACUGACAGGUGAUUUUCCUUGUUCCCAUUUUACAGGUGAGAAAACUGAGACCCAGAGGUAGUUUGCCCCAAGUCACACCCCCAGAGCUAUUUGUGCCUCAUAGCCCAGAAUUUGACUCACAAAGUAGUUGAGAAAAGUGUGGAAUGACCCCAGAUUCUGGAAGGCAAGCCUGGCUUUAUAAGCUGAAAUUCCCUACCAGGUGAUAGGAAGGGCGGGCGGUGAAGAUUCUCAUAUUCCAAACAUACCCCACCACCACCACCAUCAGACACACACCACUAUGCUGACUGGCAGAAUUACAGAGGUGAAUGCGCUGUCAGCUGGCUGGCCACUCCAGGGGUUUAAGGCUCAUAAAAUGUAAAUAUAUGAGCUGGGAAGUGGGGAAGGUAGACUAAAUCAUUAUUGUUCACUAGCUGGAAUGCAUUUCUCAGAUUAGCUAAGCAGUAGCAGGCCAGAGGGCUCCAAGCUGGGUGACCUGCCUUCUUGGUGGCAAGCUAUGGCCAGUGGCUGGAGAGGGGGCCACUGGUACAGGAGGGUAAGGAGGGGGCACUGGAGAAAGGGGAAGAAGGCCUCCCAGUACUGCAGCUCAGGGUGUGCCAGGUCCCACCCUCCAGAGGCGGGGCCAGGCUGAUCCCCGCCAGCCUCAGCUCCAUCCCUCCAGGGACCCAGGCGAGGGCAGAGCCAGGGAGUGCAGUGGAGAGCCGGGGCCCUGCUGUCCCCGCACAGUGGAGGUACCAUGCCCUCACCGGUCAGGACACCAGACAUCGCCAGAAGCCCUGCAGCGCUGGCUGCGGCAACUCCCUGACACCCAGAGGAAAGCCCAGGCUGGGGGAGCAACACCUGUCCCCCACAGCCAUGCAUGCCCGCUGCUGCUCCAGGCCUCCCCUGUCCCCAGGCCCAAGAUGACACCCAACAGCACCAGGGAGAUGCCCAGCCCCAUUCCCACAGGGGCCCUGGGGCUCUCCCUGGCCCUGGCAAGCCUCAUCGUCGCUGCCAACCUGUUCCUGGCCCUGGGCAUUGCCAGGGACCACCGCCUGCGCAGCCCACCCGCUGGCUGCUUCUUCCUGAGCCUGCUGCUGGCCGGGCUGCUCACCGGGCUGGCGCUGCCCGUGCUGCCAGGCCUAUGGAACCAGAGCCGCCGGGGCUACUGGUCCUGCCUCUUCCUCUACUUGGCUCCCAAUUUCUCCUUCCUCUCCCUGCUUGCCAACCUCCUGCUGGUGCACGGGGAGCGCUACAUGGCAGUGCUGUGGCCUCUGCGGCCCCGCGGGAGCACCCGGAUGGCCCUGCUCCUCACCUGGGCUGGCCCCCUGCUCUUUGCCAGCCUGCCUGCCCUGGGCUGGAACCACUGGGCCCCUGGGGCCAACUGCAGCUCCCAGGCUGUCUUCCCAGCCCCCUACCUCUACCUCGAAGUCUAUGGGCUCCUGCUGCCCGCCGUGGGCGCUGCCGCCCUUCUCUCGGUCCGCGUGCUGGCCACCGCCCGCCGUCAGCUGCAGGACAUCCGCCGGCUGGAGCGGGCCGUGUGCCGCGGCGCGCCCUCGGCCCUGGCCCGCACCCUCACCUGGCGGCAGGCCAGGGCACAGGCUGGAGCCACGUUGCUCUUCGGGCUGUGCUGGGGGCCCUAUGUGGCCACCCUGCUCCUCUCCGUCCUGGCCUAUGAGCAGCGCCCGCCGCUGGGGCCCGGAACUCUGCUGUCCCUCAUCUCCCUGGGCAGCGCCAGUGCGGCGGCUGUGCCUGUGGCCAUGGGGCUGGGUGAUCGGCGCUACGUGGCCCCCUGGAGGGCGGCCGCCCAGAGGUGGCUCCAGGUGCUGCGGGGAAGACCCCAGGGCAGUCCUGGACCCAGCCCCGCCUACCACACCAGCAACCAAAGCAGCCUGGACCUCGACUUGAACUAGAGGAAGGGCCUCUGCUCGUUCCUACUAGAAGCAUCCGUCCAUCUUGGCCACCAAGCCCAUCUCCACUUAUCCCCACACCUCUGGAUCAGAGACCCUGCCCCUAUAUGACCCCACCCUGACUGAAUAAAGCUCCCCUGGCUCCCAG